GUUUUUACAGAUGACAAUACAAUUAUUUCAAUCUGAAUAAUGUAUCCAGUUCCAAAACUGAUACGAGUGAUGGGGCAAACCCUUUCAGAGCCCGUGACUGAGAAGCAGUCUGCAACAUGUCAGGACCACCGGUAUCUAGUUGGGUCAUCUUGCAUGCAAGGCUGGCGUGUUUCAAUGGACGACUCACAUACGCACAUUUUGUCGCUGCCGGAUGAUCCUGGCACGGCCUUUUUUGCUGUCUAUGAUGGGCAUGGUGGCUCUAACAUAGCAGAGUAUGCAGGCAAGCAUCUCCACAAAUUCAUAACAGCUAGACCAGAAUACCAUCUUGGUAAUAUUGAAGAGGCUUUAAAACAGGGUUUCCUAGAUCUCGAUCAAGCGAUGUUAGAGGAAGAUAUGCUGCAAGAGAAGGUAGCGGGAAGCACAGCCGUGGUUGUUCUUAUCAAAGACCACACACUAUACUGCUCAAACGUCGGAGAUUCCCGUGCUAUUGCCAGUGUUAGAGGAGCGGUGGAGGUAUUAUCAUACGACCACAAACCUAACAAUGAAGAAGAGUUACGCAGGAUAACGGCGGGAGGUGGAUGGGUACAGCUGAACAGGGUUAACGGAAAUUUAGCUCUAUCGAGGGCACUCGGCGACUACGUAUUUAAGAGGAAUUACCGACUCUCGCCACAGGAACAGAUUGUAACGGCGUAUCCCGAUGUUCAAGUGCGACAACUGAAUGAUGACUGGGAAUUCAUUGUGAUUGCUUGUGAUGGUAUUUGGGAAGUAUUAUCAAAUGAGGAGGUGAUAUCAUUUUGCCGUGUACGUUUGUUAAGUGGGUGGGAGCCAGCGACUGUUUGUGAGGCGUUGAUGCAAAGGUGCUUAGCACCAAACUGCGCGACAGGCGGCCUCGGCUGCGACAACAUGACUGUGUUAAUUAUAUGUCUACAUCCCUUCCCACGGCCCGCGCCUUCGUCGGCGUUCAAAAUGAUCGACUCUUCACGGCCCAACAAGUAUUGGACGCUGACGCCUUCUCGGCGAUUCUCUUAAACCUUCGACUUAUGUGAUCCUGAAUGACAAUACACUUGACCACUUAACACAGACUAUUGGGCCAUUUUGGUUAAUUUUACCGUUCUAUACUCGUAGAAGUCGUAAAAAUUUAUUAAAUCCCAAAUUUAUUUCAUAUUCUGUGUUAAAUGGUCAAGUUAAAAUUCAAAUAUAACUUGACUACACAAAAAAGUUUCGGUUUACUUGUACGCACUGCGUUAGAGCACAUGAUAAUGUAAAUUAAAAUUUUUCGAUCAAACGUGUGAAGAGUCGAGUUUUAAUUGAAUUUUUUAAUUGCUAUGGUUUCUGUGAUUGUUAACUCUUCAAUAUUUAAGUUUUUACUUGUAUAUGGAACAUUAAAAGAUACUAAAAAUGUAAGACUGACUUUGUGCCAUGGAUUUGCUUGUUCAAAAAUAUAAUGCAUGUAAAGCUUACUGUGCUAUGCAUCAAAGGUACUGGUUGUAAGGCUAUUUUUUCGCUUUGACAAUUGAAUAUGGUUUCCAAAAGACGGUAUUAAUACUGCCAUCGUAGUGUUCCGUGUUUGCUUCUAUAGUACUUUUGGAAGUUUUAUUUUUGAUGAUAGAUAAUAAAACGUUAUCAGAGAAAAAAAUUGUGAAAAUUAUGCUAAGCAAAAAAACGACUGACGACAUAUAACAUACAACGCCAAGGUGUUGACUCUGCCUCUUUCAUCGCGACAUCAAACGCAGUUGCAAAAGAGAGAGACAGAUAAUGUUCAGUGUAACCCGCAGAUGUUAACUUGAGACUUCGCUUUAGCUCUAUAUCUUUUACCGUACCGUCAAACGCAAUUGCAAUAGAAAGAGAAAGAUAAAACACAGUCGUGCAGUACUUCUUCUGUCAGCCGUUCGCUGAUUUCUUUAAAACAAUUUUAAGUAUAUGUUUCUUACCUUUAAUAAAAAUCUCACAAGUUUGUUCUUUUUACUAAUUAUGAAGAAAAAUAUUAUGGUUUGUAUUUUUACGCUACGAUACUAACAAUGUUGAGAGCAGAUUCUACUUCUCUGUAC